AUGGUCAACAUUGCUAGGGAAAGGUCCUCCUCAUAUUCCAGCGUCCACACGCCUGUAAUCAGCAGUGAGGAACUCUCCUUCCCUGAUGAUACCUUCAUAUACUCCAUUACAAACGUCAACCUGAUGUGCUUCACCGACACGAGGAAGGGCGCCAGAGAGAUAGUGCGGGCACUUCAACACAAUAGAGUGGUCAUCGUCAUAGGCUGGACUGUAUUGGGACAUAUCGAGAUUAUUCAGGAGGUCCAGGCGCAGAUCCGCCCGGACGAAACGCCAUUCAAACCGCCUGUUCCUGACAUCUGGCUCGACUCUGGCAUACCAAGGCCGUGCUAUCGAGUGCCGGGCUCGAAGUAA